AUGGCCGGGGACAGCGAGCAGACCCUGCAGAACCACCAGCAGCCCAACGGCGGCGAGCCCUUCCUGAUCGGCGUCAGCGGGGGCACGGCCAGCGGCAAGUCUUCCGUUUGUGCUAAGAUUGUGCAGCUUCUGGGACAGAACGAGGUGGACUAUCGCCAGAAGCAGGUGGUCAUCCUGAGCCAGGAUAGCUUCUACCGUGUCCUCACGUCAGAGCAGAAGGCCAAAGCCCUGAAGGGCCAGUUCAAUUUUGAUCACCCAGAUGCCUUUGACAAUGAACUCAUCUUCAAGACACUCAAAGAAAUCACCGAAGGGAAAACGGUCCAGAUUCCUGUGUACGACUUUGUUUCCCAUUCCCGGAAGGAGGAGACGGUUACUGUCUACCCCGCAGACGUGGUGCUCUUCGAAGGGAUCCUGGCCUUCUACUCCCAGGAGGUGCGAGACCUGUUUCAGAUGAAGCUUUUUGUGGACACAGAUGCGGACACCCGGCUCUCCCGCAGAGUAUUAAGGGACAUCAGCGAAAGAGGGAGGGACCUUGAGCAGAUUUUAUCUCAGUACAUUACAUUCGUCAAACCUGCCUUUGAGGAAUUCUGCUUGCCAACAAAGAAAUACGCUGACGUGAUCAUUCCUAGAGGUGCAGAUAAUCUCGUGGCCAUCAACCUCAUCGUGCAGCACAUCCAGGACAUCCUGAACGGAGGGCUCUCCAAGCGGCAGACCAACGGCUAUCUCAACGGCUACACCCCCUCACGCAAGAGGCAGGCCUCGGAGUCCAGCAACCGGCCCCACUGA